GUCUAUUCGGGCUCUUGAAUUUGGCCACACCCACUAGUCUACUAUCAUUUGUUCAUAGAAUUUUUCUCUUUAUUAGAGUAGAUUACAAUUUCAAAGCCUAAGAUUGAAAUGUACUGAGCUUAGUAUUUGGUAUAAAUUCUCCUGUAAGGUGAAACCCAUUGAACACGCAAGCACUGGUGUAAUAAAAAAUGAUGGGUAGAGACUAUAGUUCAGAGCACAUGAAGGGGUUCAGUGUUAUGCACAAGGUUCCAACUGGGGACACGCCCUACGUAAGGGCCAAGCAGGUUCAGCUUGUAGAGAAGAAUCCAGAGGAGGCUAUACCUCUGUUUUGGGCGGCUAUAAAUGCAGGAGACCGUGUUGAGAGUGCACUCAAGGACAUGGCCAUUGUCAUGAAGCAGCUGGGGCGAGCAGAUGAAGGCAUUGAGGCAAUCAAAUCUUUCAGACACCGCUGCUCUCUGCAAGCUCAGGAAUCACUUGACAAUGUUCUGCUUGAUCUUUAUAAGACAUGUGGAAGGGUGGAUGAGCAAAUUGUGCUAUUCAAAAAGAAGUUGCAUCUUAUUCAACAUGGAAUUGCUUUUAAUGGUAAUCCUACUAAGACAGCACGUUCACAUGGGAAGAAGUUUCGACUCUCCAUUAAAGAAGAGACCAGUCGGAUUUUGAGCAAUUUAGGUUGGGCAUAUAUGCAACAACACAAUUACCCUGCUGCUGAAGUUGCUUAUAGGAAGGCAUUAUAUUAUGCUGUAGAUGCCAACAAGGCAUGCAAUUUGGGUGUGUGCUUGAUGAGGCAAGGCAAGACAAAAGAUGCAAGUAUGGUAUUAGAAAAUGUUGUUUUCUUCCAUGAAAAAGAUGUUAGAUCAUUGGAACGAGCAAAUAAAUUGUUGAAUGAAAUUCAAGAUCUACAAGUGCAUGAAGGCUUCAAAAGAUCCUUGUCAACAGUGUUUAAUCAUAAUCAUGAUGAUUAUGAAAAAGAAUCUACUUCUCUUAGUGAUGGAGAGAAACAAUAUUCAAACAACAAAUUUGGGUUCUUCUCAUCUUCUAGUGAUGUGAUAGAAUUAUUGAGUGGUGACAAUUUAUUAAAUAUGGCUGACUGGGAAGCUAGAAUCAACACAGAGGUGAAUACAUCUUGUAAAAAAUAUCGACGACUACCAGUAUUUGAAGAAAUAGUUCCUCUUAAUGAAUUUUCUCCUUGAUGUAUAAAUUAUGUAAAAGUUGAUUUGCUUUCGUAAUUAAGUAGAU